GCCUUCAGUGGACCCUACUAAAACAAGUUUCCCGCUGAUUGCCGAAAGGACACGCUUGAUCUUCAACUAAGAUCUCAACUCACCGAGUUUGUUAAUUACAGACUUGCUCUCUCAUCAGUUCGACAUUACUAUCUUGGAGCAACACAAUUGACCUCGAGUCUCACUUAUUAUUACUUUAUUACUUACGAGACAGCGAAGAACUCGUUACCCUCAUCCCUUUCAGAAAGCGGUUCCAGAUGGAGGACACACGGAUCCCGGUCUGGCUCGACUGCGAUCCAGGCCACGAUGACACCUUCGCCAUCCUCCUGGCCGCCUACCACCCGGCAAUCCGCAUCCUGGGCGUGUCCACUGUCUUCGGCAAUGCCUCCCUGGAAAAAACAACGCGCAACGCAACUUCCAUCCUCACGGCCAUAGGCAAAGCCGACGCGGUCCCGGUCUACGUCGGCGCCUCCAAGGCGCUCUUCCGCCCGCCCAUGCACGCGCCCACCGACAUCCACGGCGACUCCGGCCUGGACGGCACCUCGCUCCUGCCCUCGUCCCCGACCGCACAACCCAUCACCUCCAUCCCGGCCGUCGACGCCGCCUAUGCGGCCCUCAAAGCCUGCCCGCCCAAAACAGCAUGGGUGGUCGCCACGGGCGCCUUCACCAACGCCGCCACCCUCUUCCUCAAGUACCCGGACCUCAUCCCCCACGUGGCGGGUCUAUCGCUGAUGGGCGGGGCCGUGGGCGGCGGGUUCACGCCCGCGGUGCUGGGCACCGUGGACGGCGUGGCCCGCGUCGGCAACUGGACGCAGUACGCCGAGUUCAACGUGCUGGCGGACCCGGAGGCGGCGGCGUUCAUCUUUGGGAACCGCGAGCUGGCGAGGAAGACGACGCUCAUUCCGCUGGAUGUCAGCCAUUUGGUGCUGACGACGGCCGAGGUGCGGGAUUUAAUCCUCUAUGGGCGGGAGGAGGUCGAGAAGGGGGAAAGGGGGGAAAGGGGGAAGGGGAAGACCACCAGGUUGAGGACGAUGUUGGUGGAGCUGUUGAUGUUUUUUGCAAUGACUUAUAGCGAUGUAUUUGGCAUCACCGAAGGCCCGCCGCUGCAUGACCCCCUGGCGGUGGCCGCCGUCCUGACGGGCGUGGGGGACAAGCACGAGAUCCCCUUCUGCGACAGCGACCCGGCGGAAGAGCCGGGGCUGGCGCAGCGGGAGCGCUAUGAGGUGACUGUGGCCACGGAGGGCACCUACGAGGACGCCCGCGCGGGAGCCCGGACCGGCCAGAUCACCGCACGACUGCUCCCGCCCGGCGAGGAGGGCGUGAGGAUACCGCGCAGCUUGGACAUCCCGCUGUUUUGGAAGGUCUUGGAGGAGUGUGUGUCGAGGGCGGAUGCGGCCAAUGCGGCUGCGGAGGCUGCGGGCAAGGCCGCUUCUGGACCGGUGCUGAACUGAUAUCAGCAGCAGAUAGAUUGGUUUGGCGUAUCAGUGUGUUUGAUGGCAUGGUCCCACGGUAACUAGACGGUAUCUUAGAUGUACGAUCUUGCAUAAAUCUCUCUACAGGACACGAUAUGCGGGCCAGCUGGCGGCUUCGGAACGACGGCGGCUGGCCGUGCUACAAUGCGGAAAUAGAAUCAAUCGAUCUAAUUUAG